GCCGGGUCGACGGCAGGGGGCGCGGCCACUGCCCGCUCGGACCGGCCGGUGCCCGACGAGCGGACGCCACGGACGGGGGUCGGCAGUGAUUCCUCGCGCGCGGAGAUUCCGAAGGGCAGCAGUGAGCGGGGUUCACCAGGCCGUGAUGAAUGCGGGCUGGCACGGGUGUCGGCGAACAGUGACGAUCGCCCCCUCUGGAAGGUGAUCGAUUCAACGUCAGAUGAAAAAGCGGUCACCGAUAACGACGAAUCUGGACGUAAUGGCAGCAGCUGGAAAAAGCCGAUGAAGAGCGGUCGUGACAGAAACUACCGCAGCAGCACGUCAGGUAGGAUUGAUGCUGUGAGCAGUGACGAAACUCAGGGUAAAAACGAAAAUGCAAAGGACGAUUUGUGCGACUGGAAGAGUAAGCACAAGACACGUAACGAGGAAGAGGAUAGCGCGAAGAACGGCAGGUCAAAGGACGUUUCCUAUUCCGAGGAUGGAAAGAAUAAGAACAUCGAAUCGAAGGAACACGGCGAUGUGCGAACGGCUGUGCGGGACCAUCAGAGCCGAAAGAACAAGACAAAGCGUCGUGGCUCGCCCAGCAGGCGCACCCGCUCCUCCAGCUCCUCCUCCAGGUCGUCUAGCUCGGCCAGCUCGACUGGCCGGCGCUCGCGGCGCUCGGUCCGCGCCGGUCGGCGACGCUCGGCGGACCGUAGCCGCGACGCCAGCCGGUCCCGGCGCUCCCACUCACCGCGCGACCCUUCCGGCCUGUCGGCCGGCAGGCGCUCCGACGACGCCCACAGGAAGGCGCGCGCACCGUCGCCCCCGCCGAAAAAAGUCAAGAAAGGAAAAUCCACGCGGAGCGACUCCUCGGACUCCGAUGGCAACGUGAGGAAGUGGAGGGAUCGGGGUGGCUCGUCUGAUAAGGAGGCGAAAACGAAAAAGAAGAAAGACCUUGAAGACUCGUCCGAGAAAAGUAGGAAGGGUAGGAAGAAAGCAGCUAGGGAUAGCUCGCCCGACAGAGGUAAAAAGAACAGAAAGAAAGGUGGUCGAGACAGCUCUUCCGAUAAAGAUAAAAGGAACAGGAAGAAACGGGAUCGAGACGGCUCUAUCGAAAAGGAGAGGAAGAGCAAGAGGAUAAUAGGUCGAGGGAGCUCAUCCGACAGAAAUCGAAGCAAAAAGAGGGUUUGUCGGGACAGCUCGUCCGAUAGUGACAGAGAGGACAGGAGGAAAAGAGGUCAAGACAGUCUACCCGACAAAUUUAGAAAGACCGAGAAGAGAGGUGGUAGAGAGAGCUCAUCCGACGAAGAAGGAACGAAAAAGAAGAUAUGUAGAAUGGAGAGUUCGUCGGACAGAGAUAGAAGGCGGCAGAAGGCACGGAACCGGGACAGCUCGUCCGACACAGACAGGAAGAGUUUAAAGAAACGUGACGCAUCGCCACCAUCAAAAUCAGUUAAAGCCCGCGUUGAUAAUGGAUUGCCGGCUCGCAAAGUCUCAAAGGACAUGGACGUUACAAGCUCAAACGAUAAAGCUGCCAAUAAAAGACGCCGCUCGAGGGAGGCGUCUCCCGCGCGCGAACGUUCAGAAGACGCCACGAGGCCAACGUCGGCCAGAGGACGGCGUCGGUCACCUGCCGCGCGCAGUCCGUCGCGGGGCGAGUCUCGGCGCCGCCGCAGCCAGGCAAUCGUCAUCACCGACUCGGACGGCGACGGCGAAACGCCGCCGCUGCCGCCCGUCGAGCCGAAGCAAGAGCGGGCGGAUGCUGCGGCGCCGCCGCCUCCGUCGCCGCCGGCAACCGCGCGGUCCGCAGAC